AUGGAGUACAGAAUAUUAACUUUUCUCUUCGCCUCCUGUUACACGGUCCAGUCACAGCUAUGUGUAAGUAGUGCUCUGCCAGCGUUCGCUUCACCCGUAACACCUAAACUCAUCACGUCUCCUGUAGUGACCACCACAGUUGUAGACAACUCAGUAUCCAACGCUCUAGCAAACGCUCUUCAACUCUUUAUAGUCAGCGAUUUAAUCCAAUCCCGACUCGGCGGAAGUUGCGCUCAAAAUCUAUGCAACGGAGCUGUUGAAACAAUAUCACCUGGAUUUGCAGCUGUAGAUGUCAUAUCGCCAUGCGCUGCAGCAGAAAUAGUGGCACCAGCAGGCAUAUUAGAAACUAUAACUCCGAAUAUUUAUGGUGGUGUCACAGAGACUAUAACCCCAAUAGUGAGGGGUUACCCUGAUCCAAUUAGCACUAAUGCUUAUAUUACAGAGACUUUUGUCCCAAACUGCUAUAAUGGUUGGACUGAAAAAGUGACGCCGUUAUGUGGAGAAGUUGCAGCAAACGUAUUUAGCCCUCUAUGUGGUGGUGUGUCAGAAAUUAUAUCACCUCAAACCUGCGGCUGCGGUUCUUUAUCUCCUUGUGGCUGUGCGUCGAAUAAUCUAUAUGGCUUACAGGACAUAGCACCUGUGACCCUACCAAAUUUCGGACCGAAUUAUUUCGGAGCAAUGCCUGAGGUAUCAUUAACGAGUGGACCUUGUAAUACAAAUUUUCUUAAUAAUGAGUUGAUGCCACCUCUCCUGCAAAAUUAUGGCGUUGGGAUUCCGGAGAUGAUAAUCCCAAAUACUUUUAUGCCAGGUUUCUCUGAAGUCAUCCCAUCAUUUGGCCAAAAUUGUUACAGCAAUUUGCCAGAAGUUAUUUCUCCCGUACCCUACACUCCUUGCGCUGAAAUAAUUUCUCCAAAUCCAUUUGGACCAUUCCCUAAUGAGAUUAUAACCCCCAUUGGGCCCUAUGGGCCCUUAUCUGCCGAAAUGUUGAUUCCUCCGAGUAUUCCAGCCCAACUGAAGUGUAAUAUCGGGUACAGUAACUCCUUUCCCUGUAUUAAUUUUAACGUAGAACCAUUACCUGUGGAGUCUACUUAU